AACAACGCCAAAAAAGAGUACUUCACCAAUUCCGAAGAUCAAAUCCACAAGAAAAAAGCGAAGCAAAGUUAUCCAACCGCACCGACCACCGAUGUUCACCGGACGCCGGCAGGAAAAGAAUUGGAUUCACCUGGGCAGUUGUACCUGGUUCUCCCGCGAGUGGAGGGAGAUGACGUCAUCACCACCAGUGUUGGCGACGCCGACGCGCUAAAUUUGAAUUUAGUAUCCUGCCGCUCGUGGAAAUCACGGCUCUAUAAUUGUUCGAGGAUGAGUGACACGAAGGUGAAGGAGAAGAGGCCCCUGAAGGGUGGCAUUAUCUGCUUCGGCAGGGGCAAAAAGAAACUCAUGCCAAGACCACCUCUUUAUAUUACCAAACCCAUUGGAGGAGAGAAAAACGGUGGCACACGUAAUGUACGCACGAAGAAGCGACCAGCUUACUAUGCUACCCAGGUUAACAGGAAGAAGAGGAAGAUUUCUGGCCCCAAGACAAGAGUUGCUCCUCUCCGCAAGUCUUUAACCCCAGGAACAGUCUGCAUUGUUCUUGCCGGUCUUCACAAGGGCAAAAGGGUUGUUUUCUUGAAGCGUUUGACUCAAGGCUUAUGUUUGGUUACAGGACCAUUCAAGAUCAAUGCCUGCCCACUGCGUCGUGUGAAUCAAAUUUAUCUCAUUGCAACUGCUACCAAACUUGAUGUCAGUGGAGUUAAGAUUCCCAAGCGUGUCAAUGAUAAGUACUUCAGACGAACCAAGAAGUCCUCUAAGUCAAAGAAGGAGGAGGGAGACAUCUUUGAGAAGAAGACUGACAAAUACGUCUGUAGUGAGCAGAGGAAAAAGGAUCAGGCUUUGGUCGAUAAACAGAUUAUUGAGGUCAUCAAAAAGCGGGAAGAUAAGAAAAUGCUCUUUGGGUACUUAGGCACAUGUUUCGGCCUGAGAAGCAACAUGUAUCCACAUUUGUUGAAGUUCUAAAUACAUAGACAAAUGUA